AUGUCUUCCGAACUCGCUGCUACCUACGCCGCUCUUAUCCUCGCUGACGAGGGUAUUGAGAUUACCGGUGACAAAAUCGUCUCUCUCGCUACUGCCGCCAAGGUCGAGGUUGAACCCAUCUGGGCCACCCUCCUCGCCAAGGCUCUUGACGGCAAAGACGUCAAAGACCUCCUCACCAACGUUGGAGGUGGUGGUGCCCCUGCUGCCGCUGCUCCCGGUGCUGGUGCUGCCGCCGGUGGUGCCGCUGCCGCCGAGGAUGCCCCCGCUGAGGAGAAGAAGGAGGAGGCUAAGGAGGAAUCCGAUGACGACAUGGGUUUCGGUCUUUUCGACUAA